CGUUGAAAGGUCACCACAGAAACAAGGCACCAGUUUUAGAAUGAAAACUAGAUAGCAGCUAGCCGCAGUUUCAAGGCUAAGCCGUCGAUUGAAAAUUAAUGGUUUGAUUUUUUACAGGAUUAAUAUGAUUUGAGUCUUCAGAUUUUCCUCCCUCCCUCCCUCCUCCCUCAUAUAUACCUUCUUGCUUGAAAUUUGAAGAACUACACUGCCUGAUUCUUCCCAGCCACCUGUUGCAGCUAUCUAACUUCAAACAAAUCUAGACCAACCCCAUUUACAAAAACACUUCUUGCUAGCCGUACAAGCAUUCCAAGAAGAUGAAUAGCAGUAGUCCUGUAGAAACUCGUACACAAACUUUUGGUGAGUGUGCCCUCACUUUUGGGAUACCAAUUGGCGUGUUUUCAGUAAUUGCAAUUGCUAUUCUUGCUUCCUAUUUCUGCUCCAGGAAGCCAAUACCUGCAGGCCAUUCUCUUCAUGAUGUCUCCUUGUCCAUAAAUGGUCAAGACUCGGUCAUUAUAGAAAUAGGUCUGAACGAAGCCACUCUCAAUACCUAUCCAAAGCUUCUUUAUUCUGAAGCAAAGGAAAAGCUUGAAAAGGGUGAUGAUUUGGCAGCUACUUCAUGUUGCUCAAUUUGCUUGCAAGACUAUAAAGAUAGUGACCUGCUACGGCUGUUACCUGAGUGUGGUCAUCUUUUCCAUGCACAGUGCAUUGAUCUAUGGUUGAAGUUGCAUCCUACCUGUCCAAUAUGUCGAAACUCGCCUGUCCCAACGCCAAUCAAUGUCACCGAAACAGCUUCCAGGGCACCCCGGAGAGUGUUGUAUGAUGCAUUUUUUGUACAGUUAAUGCACUAGAGUUAAUUUUCACUAAAAUUUGUGAUGAUUGCAGAACUUUUUUUAGGAUCUUUGUAACUGUACAAAGUUCGGUUGCUAAUUAGAGCUCUUGAUGUUAAUUGAGAUGAUUUAAUCUUAGUGUUGUAGAACACAUGAGCCAAUAGAUGCUUGAAUGCAAUAUAAAUGCAAUUGUAAUUGUUUAUCCGUCCUUCAUUUCA